AUGUACCUACGCCAAGUCCCACCAAGAGAUCAUCAUUAUCGUUCCAAGGACCACGCCUUCCGAGUGUCUUUCUCAGCGCCCCUUGAUAAGAAUCCUCCUAGAUUAUCAAGAGAAGGCUAUAUUAGAGCCCUCGAGGUCUACGGGCGCGAAGAUGUCCUGUUUGGCUGCCUUAAAUCAUCCGUCGGCCGUUUCAACGAGUGGCGAAAGCAAAACCCCGGUGACUUAGAUUUAUAUCGACGUCACGUAAACAGCUUGGGCUAUGACUGGGAAUGGGGAUCUGUUACAGAAGAAGGCAUCUACACGUCCUACGUUUGCGCUACAGCAACAGGAGGCCCUCCAACCUACGAUCCCAACAACCCGCCUUCUCCUGAAGAUUCCCCGGUCCUCCCUAGAGAUACAUCGCAGUUUAUCCACACCGACGACAUCAGCGAGACUGUAGAAGAGUUUAUGACACGAGGACCUGAUGGCAGAUUCGCAGCAACGAACCGACAACAAACCAACAUACCUAGCCGUUCGCUGCGCAUCCGCACUACCGACUUUCAGACGCCGGCAAGUUUCUCAAGAACCCCGGUCGUUGUCAAGGACAUUCCUGUGAUUCUCCGGGGCGCGCCGGGUAACCUGCGAUUCGUUCCCGGAGAAGACCAGAAAAACGCACUCGGCGCUGCUAGUCUCUUCCACGUUACUCUCGCUAUGCUCCGCGGUAUGGUGGAGGACCCUGAAGGAAUCGCCGCAGAGGAUAUGGCGGACAUCAAGGCCAUGCUGAACUACGUUGGCGAGGAAGAUAGCGAGAGAUUUGUAAAGGGCUUCCAAGAAGACCUCGUCCCCCAAGGCCAACGCCGCUUCGCCAUCUUUCCCUAA